AUGUCAGACACUGAACAAAAUUUAGAUGCUGGUGCGGUAGCGCCCUCACCAGACAAUGCAAUGUUAUUCAACAUGUUUUCCGAACUACAAAAAAGUAUGGUAGAAACCACACAAUUUUUAAGUGAACUACGCGCUGAACGCGCGUCAAAGACAGUCGAUUCAGAAGAAUCGCAAACGCCAGUCCCAGAGGAGGACACCACGCCAGCUUCAGAGGAAGCAAAUACCGAUACGCCAGCUUCAGAAGAAGUUCAUACGCCAGCUUCAGAGGAAGCUAGUCCAUCUGACCAAAGGGUCGUAAAUGAUGAUACAUUAAGCAUUCUUGGCGGCGAUGAUUUUGACGAUAAUGAGGACCUUUUAGAUGAAAUUGAUGAAUCGUUACGGCCGUCAGACUCUAUAGGCCCACCGAUACAUGAAAAAAUCGCAAAAAUUGUAAACGACAAAUUUUCAUCAGAUCUCGGACUAGAGAAACGUAAGGAGAUAUUUGAAAAAUAUAAAACACCUGAAAAUUGUCCAAAGCUUUUUGUACCAAAGGUUAAUGAACCUAUUUGGACGAGCCUCAAAGCUUUUCACCGACAGCGUGACUUACGCACAGCAGUCUUACAAGACUCUAUUGUUCGAGUAUCAAGCGCACUUUCUGUUACUGUUGACGAGCUACUAAAAUGUAGAGAAAACAAGACAUUGCCUGAUUAUCGUACUGUUGCCUCACGUCUUUUUGAUUCAAUUGCGCUUUUGGGCCAUGUUAAUACGGAAUUAUCCUAUAAAAGACGGGAUUCACUACGCCCAUUACUCAGUAACGAAUUAAAGCCUGCUUGUCACCGAUCGAACAAACCCGAGAAAUUUCUUUUUGGUGACGAUCUGAGAAAAUCAGUCAAUGAGGGUAAAUUGCAUGGGAAAUUCUUGCUGCGUGAUUCAUUCCCGUGCCAACGGUUUUUGCCUUAUCCAAACCAAAAAAGGCGACAUUUUUUACCAAAACGGGGGAGGGGUCAAUUUCCUCCCUAGCAAACAUUCCGUCCGUUCCGAAGCCAACAACAGAAGAGUCAUUUCCGUCAAUAAAUAAUCAGGUAAUUGGUUUUCCGACAUACUUUACCUCAAAAAUCUUGCCAAAUUUAAAAAGACUGAUUGAUCUAUUUUAGUGGCGGCCAAAUUAAAUAUUUUAUUUCACAGUGGGAAGGUUUGACUUCUGACAAAAGUAUACUACAGACUGUCAAAGGUGAAGUCAUUGAGUUUAUCGGAAACCCCCCAACAUGUUCUAUUUAUCCAACAAACUCGAUUUCAAAAGAUCAUGAAAUUAAAAUAGACGAAGAGAUUUCUAAACUCUUGGCUAAUAACGUCAUUGUCAAAACUUCCCACGAACCAAGUCUCCCUAUGUAA